AUGCCAUCCAAACUAUUCGAUUUACUUGCGUCCGACGGCGAAGGUCACAGCAGAUCCAAAGCGAACGGCAAAGACAAAGAUAAGACCUUCUCUGCCAGAGACAAGAACAAAAAGAAGGCCAUCCCAGAGAGAUUUGACCGAGAUGAAAUAAGAACACAACCAAAUCAUAAGGCAGGAAUACAAGGGCAGACAACUAACAAACAGUCCAUGUCUCUAACCUCUAAUAUCUUCGACGGAGAGACGGAGAAUCGAGGAGAGGGCAAAGUUGCAAGCUCUUCUGUCAAAGGCAAGAAAAUUAAGAAGACCGGCGCAGAUAGGUUCACUCUGGACGAAAUAGGAACGCGGAAGAAAAUGACUCCGAAACAGAAGACACAGGCCAAAAAGGCUGCGGCCACUGCGCAGAAGAAAGCCAUGAAAGCCACUGCUGCGGAAUCUAAAAACCAGACAGAAGAAGAAGAAAAUGUCGCCACGAAGGGAGAUCAAGACCUGAGUAAGUAG